ACCCAGGAAGAAGGUUGGUUUUGCUUUAAUGGCUUAUGCUAGAAGUGGAGAAGAUAAACCCUAAACUCUUGCAGACAAAGAUUGAAAAAAAAUGAAUAGUGAAACACUGUCAAUGCAACAUACAGAGUAAAAAUAGACAACUAUUGGCAUGCGAAGAAUGAAAUAAGUGUGGAUCAAAAGAAAUGAAGUUGCCGAUCUGAUGAAAAUUUAUUUGACUUGGGAGUUUGUAUUAUCAAGUUCAUGAUACAGAUUGUUGAAAAUAUGUGACUUAGUUUUUUAACACACACAUAUAUUACUUUUACACAUUUUAAAAUAAAAAUCAUACAGUCACUAACAAAGCAUUGAAAAAUCACUAUCAUUCUCUCUUCUAUAUAAAGGUAAAAUCCUCUCAUUCUCUUCUCUCGCAAAAAUCAGGCAGAUGAGAUUCAAUUGAUUGAUUCAUUUUGAGAUAUCCCGGUGAGUUCAACUCUCUCAAGUUUUUGUUUCACUGUCGAUGGGAUUUAGGGUUUUUGUUGGGUCGUCAAGAGAAUUUUAGAUUAUUAACUCUGUUAGUAGUAGCAGUAGUAGUAGUAAAGUCUUUUUCUUGGCUUGAUUCUCCAAAACUCAAGAAAUGGGUCAGAGAGAAUUAGUUGAUACUUACUUAGUACUACAACUUUGAUUUGAUUUUCAAGAAUUGAAUUUAGAAAAAAAAAAAAAAAAAAACAACAAUGGCCUCCUAUAGGCCAUUCACCGCACCACCGCAACCGCCACAACCACCGCAACAACAACAGCAAAGACCAAAUCAGUAUACUCAAAGUUACAAUCCUCAAUUGGCCCCACCACCUCAAAACUAUCAGAAUUACUCACAACAUUACCCUCAGCCGCCCCGCCCCGCCCCGCCUCCUCACCAACAAUACCCUUAUCAGCGACCCCCUCCUCCUGAAUCCUCUUACCCACCUCCUCCUCCUCCACCAGCACCACUACAGCAACAGCCGCCGCCGCCGCCACCACCUAAUAUGUACUAUCCCACUUCACAUUAUGCUCUUCAAUCAUUGCAGCAGCCAAUUCAGCCUCCACCUCCACCUCCACCCCCUUCGUCUCCUCCUCCCAGCUCUUCAAUUCCACCCCCACCCCCUCCCAGCUCCCCACCCCCUCCCCCUCCUAAGGACAGUGCAUUUGAAAGAGAUAAAGGGGUGUCUCAGGAGAAGAGAGAACAUGAUCAUCCCAAUCAUGGGAAACAUCAGCAGCAGCAGUCGCAGCUUCCUCUGGUGGUGAAGAAGGCGAAUGGGCACCCAGGGAGGGUGGAGACCGAGGAGGAGAGGAGGUUGAGGAAGAAGAGAGAGUUUGAGAAGCAAAGGCAGGAGGAGAACCGUAGGCAGCAAUUGAAAGAGUCGCAGAACUCUGCUUUGCUAAAGAACCACGUGAUCUCUUCUCAAAAAGGGCAUGGUUCCAUUGUUGGUUCACGGUUGGGGGAUAGGGUGGCAACUCCAUUGUUGGGUGGGGAGAGGGCUGAGAAUAGGUUGAAGAAGCCAACGACCUUCAUGUGCAAGUUGAAAUUCCGGAAUGAACUUCCUGAUCCGAGUGCUCAACCGAAGCUGAUGCCUUUAAAGAGAGAGAAAGAUCGAUUUACUAAGUACACAAUCACAUCUUUGGAGAAAAUGUAUAAACCUCAACUAUAUGUUGAGCCAGAUCUUGGGAUACCUCUUGACCUUCUUGAUCUCAGUGUAUACAAUCCUCCUAGUGUUAGACCACUUCUUGCUCCUGAAGAUGAGGAAUUGUUGCAUGAUGAUGAGUCAGUCACCCCUGUAAAGAGAGACGGCAUAAAAAGAAAAGAAAGGCCAACAGAUAAAGGUGUUUCUUGGCUAGUGAAGACACAGUAUAUAUCUCCUCUUAGCAUGGAGUCAGCUAAACUGUCUCUGACUGAAAAACAAGCUAAAGAACUGAGAGAGAUGAAGGGAGGCUGCAAGCUUUUGGACAAUCUCAAUAAAAGGGAGAGACAAAUCAAGGAAAUUCAAGCAUCGUUUGCCUCAAACAAGUUACCCCCUGUGCAUGCAACUAAUAAAAACUUAAAGCCAGUCGAGAUUCUGCCUCUGCUACCUGAUUUUGAUCGGUAUGGAGAUAAAUUUGUCACAGUAGCAUUUGAUGGUGCUCCUACAGCUGAUGCAGAAAAUUACAGGAAGUUCGAUCCAUCUGACCGUGAUGCCUAUGAAUCAUGGGCUAUUAUGAAAGCUUGUGUGGCAUCAGGUUCAGAUCCGGCUAACCCAGAGAAGUUUUUGGCAUACACAGUACCUUCUCCAGAUGAGCUGUCAAAGGAUAUGUAUGAUGAAAAUGAGGAUAUCUUAUAUUCUUGGAUUCGCGAGUAUCAUUGGGAUGUACGGGGGGAUGAUGUCGAUGACCCUUCAACGUUCCUUGUUUCAUUUGAUGAAGCUGAAGCUCGCUAUUUGCCUCUUCCCACAAAGAUUAGUUUAAGAAAGAAGAGAGCCAGAGAGGGAAGAUCAGGUGACGAGAUUGAACAUUUUCCUAUACCGUCAAGAGUAACUGUGAGGAAAAGAGCUGUAGCUGCUACAAUUGAACAGAGAGAUUCGGGGGCUAUUUCAAAUUCAAGGGGAAACAAUUCAAGGAUGGAAAGGUUUGAGGAUGAGGAUGGCCUUGGAAGACUACAGAGGGUUGCUCUAGACGAGGACCUUCACCAUUCUAGUGGGGCUGAAGAUGAGAUGUCUGAGUGAUCCUUUGAUGCAAAUGCUGUAAAACUUCUGUACUUGCCUAUUUGGGUUGGAAGGUGACUAGGUGGAGAUUGUGUAUUCAGAUGCUCGCAAUGAAAAACUGAGUAAUUUACCCCCGCCAUUCGUGCCGGCAGUUGGAAUUUCCUUUUUGCCCCCCAGAUUGUAGUUGGUUUUAGUUUAUACAGAUUUUCUGAUAUCAAGAGGGAUAGAGAAAGGAAGCUGUAAAAAAGGUUAGACAUCAUAUAAACCGAGUUUCAUUUCCUCUAAUGUGUUCAAUUUUGAUCCAUGUAACAUUAAAAUGCUCUUUUUCCUUUUUUCUCGUUGUUAAAAAUAUAAGCGCUUGCUUGGUUAGGUGUUGAUAGGCGUGGAAAAUAGUUAAUAACCCACAUCUGGUUCUUUAAUCUUUCUUUGAUUUUGUACAUUUCUAUAAUUCUUGAUCAAUGAAAUUUCUUAGCAAA